UCGCGUCCUCGCAGAUACGACUCGAACCCUCACGUGGUGGAGAGGACAUGCGCGCACCCUCGGCAAAGCCGCGACGCUAUAUAAGAGAAGAACGCGAGUCUCCGAGUCUCAGUUCGCUCACGAAAGCGUGCGAAAUACACACGGCAAACCCGGCAAUCAACGACAAAUUGAUAAAACGCGUGUUUGCGAUCGACCGUCAAAUAAAACUGUUCUUCUGGCACACAAGGAUGAACAACUCGAGGAAAGACGGAAAAGGCAACCAGUAACAGUAAUAAGAACACAGAACAGUGGGGAAGGUGUGAAGAUAAAAGAUCAACGACCGAUCGACAACGAAACGCUAGUUUCUCUUCGAAAGCAUCGUUUUACGCAAGUAUAAGCACAGUGAAACGAGUGUGGAAUUGAUUAGCCGCACGGAAAUCGAUCAAUCGUGACAGAAAGGGCGCGCAUUUGUCAUCGUUUACGCGAAAGACAGCGAGUCGACGACUGAGCACGGUCGAACGAAACUCGCGUUAAUUCUGAACGAACGAGUUCUGAUCGAACGAAAAGAAAUUUGCGAGCUGGCUAACCGAACGGUGCAGAUUUUCGUCCGCGAUCUCGAUCGAAUCGGUGGCUUUCGUACGUCACUGAGAAUGGAGGACACGACUAGAUUGACCGAUCCGGAGGACGAUCGUCGCCGAGAGAACCAAAAGAGCGACGGUAAACGAAGAAUCAGUCCGACCGUGGGCCCUGGUUCUUCGAAACAAGAAUUUGGAGACGACGAGUGCAGCACGGACAGUGGUUGCAGCAGCGGUGGAAGUACCGGAAGCGCGGAGAGGCUGUCGCGUCGCGGAAGCAGCGAGCGAUUAUGCCGUGCCACCAGAUCGCCGAGAACCCACUGCUACUUGGACCGACUUCGCGGCCGACCGACCCGUUCUCAGGAGAGACUCUCUAGCAUUCAGAGAAGUUCGGAGCGAGUUCGAGCCAAGUCCUCGCGCUCUUGGAGCCCUGGAGACGUUAGAGGCGUUGGAAGAACUUCAGAGUCGCUUUCGUACUCUUCGAGUCCAUCGGACGCCCACAGCAGCACCGACAGCGACUCGUUGAAAAGAUCCAGCACGGCAGAUACUCUUCGAAGAGCGCUUCAAACUCUCAAGAUAUCCUCCAAGUGGGAAGGCAAGGAGAACAAGCACGCGAAGAAGAGCCCCAAAAGAAUCCUACGCAGUCCGGUGUCUUACACGUACGUCAGAGGUCUUUCGGGCCUACCAACGCAGAGGGUUCCAAGGAACAUGGCACAGCAAUUGACGAUGCCCUGUUCCUGUCAAGACACCGUCGGUCUCUACCGAUAAGAAGCAAUCACGAUCGACGGCGAUUCGAGUCGAAGCCGGUUCACUCGAUUCACCCAAGUUUCAUCCGUUUUAAACGAUACACUCGCUCAAUUCCGGUCUCUCUCUCUCUAUCUAUCUAUCUAUCUAUCUAUCCAUCUCUCUAUCUAUCUAUCUCAUUACAAACGAUUUCGAGUUUCGUUGCGCGAUCGUCUCGAUAUUAAAUCGCGCAAACAAUCGAACGGACCCUCCGCUCUUGGACCAUUCUUUGCGUACGAGAUGUUUGCUCGCACGAUCGACACGAAUUCGUAGCCCACGCUUCCGUUUCCGUACUUUGUACUUUUGUCAAUCGCGGCCGAUCCUCGCCGCUGUUUUUUCAAGCCUCGACCAAACGAGUGGAUCAAAAUGUAUACGAACCUAGAGCGACACGAGCGAAAUAAUUGUAACGGACGUCGAAGAAGGUUCGGCGAACGUAGCGUUUCGCAUCUUUUCGCUCUCCCAGAAACUUCGCGGAAAGCAAAUCCGACGCGCUUCUUCCUCCGUCGAGAUUUUCUUUCGUUCGAGACCGAUCGUAUUUGAUCGGUCGUCGAUCGCUAGGGAGAGAAGAAGGCGAAAAGUGCGGGAAAGUUGCGUUCGUCGUAGGCAGAGGUGCGUCGACGUACAAGUACAUUGUGUUUUUAAGUUGUUGGUCUCAUAUUCGUAAACGAGAUAGAUCACGUAGACAGAACGUAGCCAUGUAAGCAUGUAUGUACCUACCUUUUGUAGCAAACGAUUAGUACACUCGAUAAAAACAUGUACAAUAGCGAUACCAAUUACGUUACACGCCAACGAAUUCCAUAGUUGACGAUUGAUUGGCGAUCCGUUUCGAUCGCAAGCGCGAUGAGAAAUAAAAUAAGAUGGAUCGAACGUUCGAACGUUAC